CAAGUCAGUCAGAAGUUACAGCGGAAUAUCUGGAAAAAGUGGCCAAGUCAAAAUAUAACACAUAGAGGGCUCCACACGAAUAACACUAUUAUGACCAAGUCAAAGUAUUUAGGUUGAGUACAGGCACAAAUGAGUAUGUUAACUUGGUCAUUUUUUCACUUCUCCAACAAGCUUGAUACCUAACAGACAGUGAUAAAUGACUAUUACGACUUGGUCACUUUUUAAUGUCCAGGCAGUGUGUUCACGUGCAUAAGAAAAUCUGAGGAAAUUAUUGUGCUUGUAAUAUGGCUUCCAGAGGAAAAGUUUUAGUGCAAAUGUGUUUGGAUAGUUCAGAAACGAUUGCUUCAAAUAUAUAUAAUGAAGAACCGUGUUGUUCAAAAUCGUUCGUCCAAAGGGUCUCCACUUUAUCUGCGGCAAGCAACAUUGACGAAGGUUCAUUAUGCUCUAGUGCAACGCAAGAUUGCCUAAGUACGAUAAGUAAUGCCCUUAUUGAUGAACAUUUAAGGCAGGAAAAUGUUCCUACACAAUAUGAAAACGAUGGUUCGGACUUUUCGGCAGGCAGUAGCGAUAAUUAUAUCCCGAGUGAUAAUGGGGGCCAAUCAAACAUAGAAUCAAGUUCUGAUAGCGAUACUCCCUUAUCAAAACGAAUGUGCCGUUGGAAAAAAGCUGAUCCUCCACAUUGGAAAAAAAUAUUAAUAAAAAGAAGAGAAAAUCGCGUUUGCCAUACGAAUCCAAAGGAAUAAUUAGAGCAGCAAAGAAACCUAAAGUCACGAAUUGCAAUUCUUGCAAGUUUAAAUGCUCACUUCAUUUUGAUGACCCACUUAGAGACCUGUUAUGUUCCGAAUUUUGGAAACUAGAUUACAAUCGCCAAAAAGACUUUAUUCUCUCUUGUGUUUCAAGCAAAGAACCUGCUUGUAGAAGAAUUCGAUCUGGGAAAGGUGUACAAAAAACUAGUAGCCGGUAUUAUUAUUUUUUAAA